AUCUGUCUCUGUCCACUAGAGGCUAGCAGUCUCUCCUAAUACAACAGUAGGGAACGCUACAGUAUAUCGGGGUCAGGUGACCGCCACGGCGUAUCCCCAGCUACGUCAGAAUCUGGAAGUAGCGGCAGCGGCCAUUUGCAGAGAGCCCGGGAUUAUGCUACAGCAAUAUUAUUCACUGCCUGCAGACACACACGUCUGCUGUAGUAGGGACACGUAUAGAACACGGAAGUUUGAAGUCAUCCUCUAGUGCCCACUGGCCGCGUUCCCCUCGGUAACAUAGACACAACCCUCCUCGUAGUCUCUCAGGCUUGGCGGGUAAAAUAAACGUUUCUCUCGCUGCGUACCGUACCUGCAGACAGCAAGGACCGUGCCUCCCUCCCCGGCGACAUGGCUGAGCGGGCCCUCACCGAGGAGCUGACCUGCCCCGUCUGUCUGGCAACCUACCAGGACCCGGUCAACCUGGGCUGCGGCCACUGCUUCUGCAGACACUGCAUCACCAAGGCGCUCGUCUUCCAGAAGGAGCAGGGGAGAGCGUACUCCUGCCCCAUGUGCCAGGCAGUGUACGAGGACUACCCCAGCCUGCAGAGGAACCUGCAGCUCUGCAGCAUUGUGGAGAACUAUAAUGCGCUGCAGGAGAGCCGUGAGCCCAGUGAGGUUCCCUGCAGCUACUGCCUGGGUGUCCCCAACAGAGCGGCGAAGACCUGUUUGACCUGCGAGGUGUCCCUGUGCCAGCAGCACCUGGAGAGGCACAGCAGCAAGAAGGGCCACAUCCUGCUGGAGCCCGGGCAGUCGCUGCAGGAGAGGAAGUGCAGCGAGCACAACAAGCUGCUGGAGUACUACUGCCAGGGGGACGAGAGCUGCAUCUGUGUCACCUGCUACAUCGCCGGCGCCCACUCUGGACACACCAUCGUCACAUUAAAGCAGGCGCAAGAGCAAAAGAGAGCUACCAUGUCCCAGACCGCUGCCAGCCUGACUGAUAGGGUGGAUAGUCUAGCCAAGGACAUAGGUGCCCUGCACGAAGGCCUAGCAAAGGUAAAGGAGAACACAGUUCAGCUUUCUAAGGCCCUGAAGGAUCAGGCUGACAAAAUAAUUGCUAAAGUGUGGUCCCUGUUUGAUGAGAUUAUAGACACGGUCAUUGAAAAGGGAGAGCAGUCUGUGUCCCAGGUGACUGCUCUGGCAAAGCAGAUGGAGGAUACCAAAGGAAAUCUGAUACAAAUUCUAGAGGAAUUAAACACACUGAGGGAACAAGCGGAUGCCCUGAUUUUUCUGAAGGAUUACUCAAGAGUACAGGAACGGAUCGAACAGCAAAAUGUACAAAUCAACACAUUGCAUGUCCUGGACCUGAAAGUUGAUCCGCAAAUGAUUCAAAUGAUAGAAAACAAUACUUCUGAUAAUAUUUCCCAUCUCCGGUGUGUUCUGAAUCACGUAGAGACUAUUCUCUCUACACAGAUCCAGCAGCUUGUACGCGUCGGAGGACACCAGGCUGUUCCAAAUACUCCAAAUCAGACUGAAGAUUCUGAAGGAAGCAAGUUCUGGUCAAGUAGAAAUCAGACUGUAUAUUCCGGAGGAUUUGGUUUCGGUACAAAAGCUCCACAUCAGACUCUAGGUUUCGGAGGACACAGACCCCAUGCGUUUCAGCCUGUCACUACUGCCAGCUUGGUGGAACCUAAGAAAAUGAUUUUAACUUUUAACCAGAAUUUAUACAAACACUGUAACUUCAAUAUGGUGGUUUCAAAUGGCAACAAAACAGUAACUGCCAGUCAUAUGAAUAUGAUGUAUAAGAAAGCAAUUUGUAAGUGUAAACUUUCUAUAAUUCUGAAUUGCCCCAUUACAAAAAACAUGGAUCCUAGCCCAGUGUACUCUCUAUUUGAUGUCACUAAAUCCACUAACUGGAGUGUAGGAGUCCAAAACGGAUUCUCGCAGUGGUACUUAAAGAGUGACGGAGGCAAUCUUUCAUAUGAAUCAAAAACCACCCUUCUGCUGGGGAAACAUGUUGUUAAUAUAUUAAAAAUGCAGUUGGACUUUCAAGACAAUAUACUAGGCUUUUAUGAUGCAUCAGCAUUAAAAGAUAUACCUUUAUUAGUAUGUAAAUGUGACAGUGUCUUUACAGAUACUAUGGUUUAUGGCUUUGGGGACCAAAGAAGUCUAUUUAACCAUAACUUUCAAAAAUCUGUAAACAUUGGAGUUGGUCUUCUAAAUGGCUCAUUGACCCUGCUUUAAGAAUUUUGAAACGGAAUUGUAAAGAGCCAGUAACCAAUCACCCCAAUUUCAACUUGUUCAAGGUUUUUAUGUAUGAUUAUUUUGAAUGUGGUGUUUUUAAUUUAAUGUUCUAUAAGACAAUAAACUACGCCAGCAAAGUGAAA